AUGAGCUACGCCCAGUCGUUUCACAACUGGUGCAAUUACUUGCCGAUGGCUGAGUUCGCCAUCAACAACGCGGUGCAUGCAUCGACAGGGCACGUGAACGCCAUGCGGCAUCCACGGCUUCCGAGUACCCUCGGGGCGGUGCCUUCCUCUUUAAGUGGGGGAGGAUCUACGGUUGCAUCCAAACAACCGCAGAAUUCAGCUGAUACGAACCUAUCAGCUGCGAUGACACGUGCGAGAGCGAGAGCCCGCACACGACAAAGCGACGUGUCAGUGCCAAACACUGACACUGUGAAGAACCACGAGCAGGCGACACCUGCUGCGACGAAGGACAAUAUGUCUGUAAUACAAAUGAAUUCAAAAUUGGUUCAUUGGUUUUGUUAUCAACUCAAAACUUGUCUACUCAUGCAACUUCUGGAUUCGGAACAAGCAAGCUUGCUCCGCGCUUCAUUGGGCCCUUCACAGUGA